GCUUUAUUGUUAUGGGAUGGUGCUUUAGUAGUUUAUUUUAAAUUAAUUGAGGUUCUCAUGAAGAUGUGGAUUGUACUGCUGCUUCUCUUAAUACAUUCAGAGACAGUACUUUGCUACAGUGAUGGAAAUGUCGUAGUGGCUUGUGAGGACAUGACACCUCAACAUGGUUAUGAUCCCAAAACCACAGAUCCACCUUUCAUCAUUACAGCAGACAAAUCCCAGUUCAGCCCUGGGGAUGAAGUCAAAGUCACAUUAGCAAUGGGGUUUUCAGAAGGCAAAAAGUACUUCAAAGGAUUCCUCAUAGAAGCAAGGAAUGCUGGGAAUCUCAAUGAAAUUGUUGGAUCAUUUAAGUUAAUCAGUUCCGACUUGUCUCAGCUUCUGACCUGCAACAAUAAAAGGGACUCUGCUGUAAGUCAUACCAGUGGCAAGCACAAGACUGAGGUCCAGGUGAUCUGGGUUGCACCGCCUGACUCUCCUUCCAGUGUGCAGUUUCUGGUAACUGUUGCCCAAGGCAUGCAUGAUUAUUGGGUGAAGAUUCCAGGUCCACUUGUGUCCCAAAAUGGUGCUGCUCCUCCACCACAAACUACUUUUGGAGGUUCCAUUCAAAGUGAAACCACAACUUCCUCUACACUGUCACGUUCAUUCACAGCUGAUGGCUGUGGAAUCGAGAAGUCCUGUUUGAGAGAUCCAGAGGGCUGUGAACCACAAAAUGACGCUGCGUGUCACUUCCUGUCCUUCAGAGCAGAGAGUAACAGUGUAAUGUUUGAGCUCAGUGGACCUGCAGAAGGAUAUGUCUCCUUUGCCUUAUCACUGGACAAAUGGAUGAAUGUUCUAAAAGACAGGGCUUGGAGGCUAUCAGAUGGAGUGAUUCAGUGUAGCUUUCGCAGAGACGUUCAUCAGCCGCCUGAAGAUCUGAACAGAUUCAGCCUGGAUCAGAUGUACUAUCUCUUCAUGGCACACGGUCGUGCUGAUGAUGGACGAACUCAUCGACAUGACCGGCAACCUCUGAUUUCAGCCUCUCAGACAGACAUGACAGGAUCUCCAAAAGAAAUAGGUGGCUCUCGGUCGCCCCUUCUCAUGAAAUUUCAUGGGGCUUUAAUGUUGAUUGCCUGGACGUCGACUGUCACCGCUGGGGUCAUCAUGGCAAGAUACUUCAAACCCGACUGGCCGGAGCAGAACAUUUUGGGGCAGAAGGUCUGGUUUCAGUUACACCGAAUGCUGAUGAGCCUCACAGUUCUGCUCACACUGGUCGCCUUUGUUUUACCUUUUAUCUACAGAGGAGGUUGGAGCAAGCGGGCAGGAAUACACCCGUAUUUGGGUUGUGUUGUCAUGGCACUGACUCUCAUCCAACCUGUCAUGGCACUUUUCAGACCUGCACCAGACGCUGCAAGGAGAUACAUCUUCAACUGGAUGCAUUUUGGAACAGGAACAGCAGCUCAGAUUGUGGCUGUUGUCACCAUUUUCCUCGGGAUCCAUCAGCAAGCUCUUUUCCUGCCUUCUCCGUGGGCCACAGGACUCUUGGCCUUCACUGUCAUCUGGUUUGUGUUGGCAGAUUUGGUGCUGGAAGUCCAUCGAAGGGGGUUUUUACCUGUAGGUAAAUAUUUUAAAAACGUCAAAAUCUACUCAGAGCAUAUUAAUUCUGAGGACAAAGAGGAGGUUGUGUUUGUUCCUGACGAGAGUGAGACUCUCAGCAAUGAAUCCCGUUUUAAAAAUGUAGUGCUGGCUGUUUAUCUCUGUGGAAAUCUGGGAUGUCUGUGUGUUUUUCUUUGGACCAUCAUUGCAGUAUGAUAAACUCCCUGCAUUAAUUUCCACAUUUAGUCUCUAAGAUGUUCACCAGUUGUGCCUAAUUUAUAAAAACCAAAGAAAUAUGGAGCAAGAUUGAAUAAUGAUAGUUCAAGUGUCAAAUUUAUGAGGGUUUAUUAAAGGGAUAGUUCACCAAAACAUGAAAAUUCUGCCAUCAUUUACUCAACCCUAUGUAAGUCAGUGGCAGCCAGCAUUUUUCAAAGUAUCUUCUUUUGUGUUCAACAGAAGAACGAAACUCAUUAAGGUUUAAAAACCACAUGAGCGAGAAUAAAUAAUUAGGUAAUUAAAUGUUUGUUUGUUUGUUUUUUUGGUGAACUAUCCCGUUAAGUAGAAUAUAAUAUUAUUAUUAUUUUAGAUUUGUAGAUUUUGUUUAAUUUAAAAUUGUGUUUUCCUUUGGACCAUGAUAACAUUUUGACACUCUCAGCUUUCAUUUCCACGUUUAAUCUCGGUGACUUUAACUAAUUGUGCCUGAUUUAUAACAACCAAAGAAAUGUGGAGUAAGAUUGAGUUAUAACAGGCCAAGUGGCAAAAGUAUUGGUAUUUAUUUAUAAGGGAUAGUUCACCCAAAAAUCUGAAUUCUGCCAUCUUUAACUCAACCCUAUAGAAGUCCAUGGCUGGGACAUGAGGGAUAAUAAAUGAUUUGGUAGUUUUCAUUUUUUUGGUGAACUAUCGAUCCCGUUAGGUAGAAGAUAACAAAUUAUUAGAGUUUUGUCUUAUUUAAAAUUGCGUUUCUAGACUGCUGAUGUACAAAUCAACUUAGUUUUAUUUUUAUAGCAUAUUUAGAUAAUUAUCUACACAAUUAUUUGUAAAAUAACUGCUGCUUUUUCAAAAUCUGCUCCUGAUUUUUUCCCGUUAUUUGUCUUUUGCCUGUUUAUCUUUAAAAACUUUCCUUUAGAUGUUCUACAGUCAGUGUUUAGUUUACAGAUCAAGCAAAUUACACCAGUCUUGACUCUGUGAUUGUCUUUUUAUAAACGUGAGGUUAUGUUUUUGAACACCUUGUUUUGGAUGACUGUUUCUGAAAGUAUUGCAUAUUGAUUUGUGGACUUGAAUGAGAAACUGAAGUGCCUGAUAAAGACUGUUACUUUUGCCUGAAGUGUAAACAUUCUUAUUUGCGCAGUGAAUAGAAAUGUGUUUGUUUUUUGUUUUUUUACAAAUAUGAUUUUUUUUUCAAAUAAAGUGGACCAUUUAUUAUGGUUUUUAAACAAAUUACAACUUGUGACAAAUAAAUCUUUUGCAGUUAAACUGUUUUUCCAAUUUUCCAAACAUUUAAUCUGGAUCAGAUUGGUCCAGAUUUGGAAAUCCUGUUUUGCUAUCCAGCUUGAACUGAUCUGUCGUUCUUAUAUGACAGUUUUUUAAAGGAACAUUGUGUUGGAUCACUGUGAUCCAAAUAUCAAAUUUCAAGAUUACCAAAUUCUUUUUACCAGAUCAUUAAAUUUAACCAAACGUGUAGCCUACUGGCAUAGCAAAGAGCAACUGGUAGGCAAAAUACCAUCACAAAGAGCCAUUGUUUGUUUUAAUGGUGAGAAACAGAAACUCUGCAAUCAACAAAUAUAUGACAUUUUUUAGUUUGUUCUAAAACAAUACUGCUAAUACAAUUGUUUUGCUGCUGUUUUUUAUCAUAUCUCAUUAAAUGUGACAUGCUUCAAA